GGUAGCUGUUCCUCCUUCCCUCAUUUGAGCGGCGCUGAUGCUCUUACUCUAAAUGAGCGAUUGCUUCUGCCUGCAGGUCGCGGGGGUCGUUGAAGAUGGCGGAGAAUUUUGGCGGCGAGGGCAGAGUUCCUCGUACCUCAGAGGACUCGGGUCAGGUUUGGUGCCUCAAGAGAGCUGGUAUGAAUGAAGAGUGGCUGCUGCUGGAGGCUGGUAGUGAGGUUACUAUAGGUCGAGGGGCUGGUGUCUCCUACCAGUUGAUGUCAAAAUCCUGUCCUCUGAUGAUCUCACGGAACCAUUGUGUGUUCAAACAGAAUACUGAUGGACAGUGGACAGUGACAGAUAAUAAGAGUCUAAAUGGUGUCUGGUUAAAUUUUGAACGCAUCGAUCCAUCAAAGGCCUAUCUUUUAAAAGCAGGUGACUUUAUUCAAUUAGGAGUUCCUUUAAAAAACAGAGAAACAGCUGAAUAUGAAUAUACGUUAAUAAAGGAUGAAUGGAAGAAAGUUAGUUCCUUUUUAGCAUUGAAAAAUGACCAGCUGACUGAAAAAAUGAAGGACACAAGGGCUAAGCGUAAAAUUAGCUUGGAGGAAUUAGACCCUUCUAGUGUGGAAGGACCUUCCAAUUCCAGGUCUAAGAGAGACAGACUGGCUUCUGAUGGUGAUUCUUUAGGGAAAUCUGAGGCAGUCAAACAACCAACAGAAAAUAUGGAUGUAGUGCUACUUUCUCCAAGACCAAGCAAGAAAGAGAAGAAGAAAAAUCACUGUAGUGUUGUCCAGGUUGGGAAUGCUGUAUCUCCCAUCUCUAAGGACCAGAAAGUUCUCAGUUUGGCACAGUCUUGGAGUGGUUUGGAAGAAAUAAUGAAAACACUGGCGGAGAUGACAAAGUUAAAAGCCAAGAUGCAAGAGAAACAGACAGCUGUCUUGAAUGUGAGACAGAAGAAUAAGAAGUGUACUCCAAAAGAUAUUCAAGUUUUAGAACAGGAAUUGCAAGACUUGCAGGAACAGCUAUGCAGUGAACAGGAGCAACAACAGCAGAGAGUGGAACAGUUGGAAAAGACUUUCUGUGAGGAGCUAGAGGGAGCAAAGGAGGAACAGGGGGAAGAGAAACUGAAAGAACAACUGGCCCAAGUCCUGGUGCAGCAUCAUGCUCUGAUGGAAGAACUGAGCCGCAGCAAAAAAGACUUUGAAGAAAUAAUUAAAGCCAAGGAUAGGGAGCUGAAAGAGACUAAGGAGGAGAAAGAGAAGGCAAGAGCACAAAAGGAGGAAGCUUUGAACCAGAUGAAUGAUGUGCUGGAAAAUGAGUUGCAGUGUACAAUCUGCUCUGAACACUUUAUUGAGGCUGUCACUCUAAACUGUGCACACAGCUUCUGCUCCUAUUGUAUCAGAGAAUGGAUGAAGCGCAAAGUGGAGUGUCCAAUCUGUAGAAGGACAAUAUUGUCCAAGACACGAUCGCUGGUUCUAGACAACUGUAUUGAUAGGAUGGUGGAAAACCUAGAUGAUGAAACAAAGCAUCGUCGCCUGUCACUCAUCAAAGAGCGAAAAGGGAAGCAGGUUGCUCUGGAGAGUCCAGCAUCAGAAAGUGACAGCAGUAGCCUUACUUCUUUCUCAGACAGUGAGAGCAGUAGUAUUACCUCAACAUUAGACAGCGAGACUAGUAGCCUUACAUCUGUUCGCUCCAUCAUGUCGGUCAGCAGCUAUGAAAGCGAUGACUAUGAGGGGGACUCCGAUAGCCAGCAUGUUGUCUGAAGAAUGUGGGCUUUGCCAUUGCAGCUGGGUGGAGUCUGCUGGGAGAAAGGACUGUACGUUUGGAACAAUGAAGAGACUGCAGUCCAAAUUGUGGAUUUAAAGGGUUUUUCUUUCCUUUCUUAAAUGGAUGUAUAACAUCUCCAAAGCAUAUAUCAAACACUGUGUGACUCAAAACCCACUUUUCAUCCUAGACCAAUGGCGACUAUAAACUUCUGUUUCUGUUAUUGCUUUAACUAAUUAUAAGGGUAAUAACAUGCUACUUAGCUUGAAGGUACCAAUUCACCUUAGCCAAAUAACUAUUUUGAGUAUAGCUGUCAUCUGUCAUGUAGGAGCUGUGGACCCUUAUGCAUUUGAUUUUGAAGGCAGCUUUUACUUUAUAGUAGUGGGUGGGCAAUACAGACACAGUACUGAAGUGAGGAACAAUGUUACUUCCCUUGCUCACUUCUGCAAACAUAGCCAUAGCCGAACAAGGCUGUAAGCCUGAGGCCAGCAGCUUCCUUUUCCUUAGACAAGAGGGAUACUGCGGCCAGGCAAUUUGUAUGAUUCUGACUGGUUCCCUGUCUGAGUAGUUCGGCUUAAUUUAGUUUUUAGCCAAGUUUAAAUGUGAAAGGCUGGGUAUCCAGGACACAUUUAGCCAGUGGGCCAUCUGUUUAUGCCACCAUUUUAAAAUUGCAAGAUUCUGGAAGAUUCCUGUAAGACAUUCCUGUGUUCAAAACUAGGUGCAAAUAUUUUAUGAGACCUGCAGAGAGACUUUGAAAAUCUUGUAUUGCCUAUUGUUAUUCUGGAAUUGUAGUGAGAAUUUGUCCUAAGAUUUUUGUUCAAAAAAGAACUACACAAUUCAGAGCAUAUGUGGUAGCUGCCAAAAAGGGAAGCCCACUCGUGAGUCCCUAACUAUUUCAACCCAGUCCUGAUGGCAUUAUGAUGUGUAUUUCCCUCCUUCCUCUGUAUCCUUGGUUGCUGCUUGCAGGAGAAAACCAGCACAUUAUAAUGGUGUGGCCUGUGUUAAAGUAGAAAUUAUGGAAAAGGGUGUGGAACCUGAUGCCUGCAGCCCAUGUUCUUUGUCAUUCUUGCAUAGUAUCUUUUUGUAACAUAAACCUGCUUUGAUAAUAGUAAUUCUCCUUAUGAUCCCAUAAAUAUGUUGAGUCUAGCUGGCUGUUACUACUUUUAAAAAAUGGAAGUAGUUGCCAAGGUUAAAUUAACCCUUCCCUAAACCUCAAAGAAUCCUGUACCUAAAUUCCAUGAAAAGCACCCUAACUGGUUUCCCCUCAAGCCCUGUGUUUCCAAGAUUGAAUAGCAGGUCUAAAACGAUAACACAUAACUUUGUGUGGGUGGAGUUUGACUUUGCAGAAAUAUUGUUCAGUAGAUGGGAUGAAAGAGUGAAAAAGCUGAAUCCAUCAAAUGAAUGUGACAGUUAUAUAUUUAUCAGUGUUAAAAAACUGUUGCUGGAAUUAGUUUGUAGCAACCCAGGAUCCAUUUCAGGGGUUUCAGUUUCCAACUAGCAAGUAAGUAACUAGGUAGGCAACCUUUCUAUAUUUGCUUGUUAAAUAGGUUGAUCGUUGUUUAUUUAAGGUAUAAGUUGUGUAAAAGAAAGACAGUUCUAAUUUCUGUUUUGUAUAGUCUCACACUGCUAAGGCACAAAUGGAUAUAUACUCCCCUGCUGUCUGUGCAGCCCCAUCAGGCUGCCUGUCUUCCUUUCUUUGCUUUCAUAUUAAGCAUUUCCAAACUCUAAUAGGAAUAGCUGGUUACUUCAGUAUCACUUAAUAUUCUCUUGGGAGUAUACUAUUGUCAAUAAAUUAUUGCAACACAUUAAUGAGUUCCAGAAUUUAGUUCAGGCCAACAUGUUUUUGAAGAAGAACUAUCUGACGAGCAGAACUGAUGAUCUCACUGUGGGCACUGGGUUGGAAGCCACUGCUGCUUGCAUGCACCCUUCAUGUGACACACAGUGCAAUAGUCAUGUGUAACAGGACAUAUUCUGUACAGUUAACUGAUGUUUUUGAGGAAGACUAACAUGUGAAGCAAGUUGUAAUAACCAAAACAUCUGCAGAGUAUUAAGUGAUCAGCUGCUACAUUGUGUUUUGCUGGGGCCAAACUCUAGACAUGAUGUAGGAGAUUAGUAAACAAGAUUUCCUGUGGUUCUUCUGUUUGAUUACUUUAGGGCAGUAAUGUGGAACUGCUAAUUUGAAGGAAGCAGUGCUGGGGAAAAGGACUUGUUAAUUCUGUUUAAAGGGAGGGGGCAGGCAACAAGUAUAGCAUCUAGUUUGGCCUGUAGAGUGAUCAGUCCUGAUCCUUAAGUGUUUUCUUGGUGCAUGCCUUAAGUUAAAAUAAUGGGUGUAUACUUAACCACUUGGUUUUUAGUGUGUGCGCUGUGCUUAUAGUUCUAGCACCAACCACACAGAUGCCAGUCUAGGAAAAGUGAGAGCCGAUCUCUUCUACAUUGGUGAAACCUCUACAGAACACAAAGGUGGUUCUAUGUUUGUGUAUUAAUGUUGUAAAUCUUUUUUUUGCCUGUUCUAUCAAAUAUAUACACUACUUUUUUUCUAA